UUUCUUUUUUCUUUUACUUUUAUGAAUUUUAUCAGGAUUGUAGUCGUAGAAUUCUCUUCAAAUCAGCACGUGCAACAUAAGAUUCGACAGAAUGUUGCCCACCAACGUUAUGUCUUUUAUGAAAAAGAUGGUGGCGAACCAACCGGAAGCUGGCACGGGAUCCGUAACACCGGAAGAGAGUGGAACAACGUUCAGCAAGUUGAGGCAGUUGGGCAGUGGAUUAAUGACGGCAACGGGAAAUGUGACAAAAUUGUCUCCGGCCAAGGUCACUCCGGUCGAGGACAUUCAGCCGAAAGAGGAAACUCCAGAAUUGAAACCGGAAAAACCACCUAACAGUGCAGGGGCUUGCAGAAUAUGUCGUAAAUCUUUCAAACCAGAUGACUUUUUUAGAACAUGCCACGAGUGUCAAAAUAAAGUUUGCGAAGAUUGUGCGUCAUAUUCAAAUACCACGGAUUCUGAAGAUCAGUCAGUGUGGCGAUGCAGUGUUUGUAGAAGAAAACUGGCUUCUCGAGGGCAGCCAAUCGUCCCUCAGGAAUCGACAGACUCACUUCUCGAAGUGCCUGUUCUUGAAUCACUUCCUCGAAGGCACAGUGAUGCGAGACUGGGUUCGCAAACCAUGAGCCAACUCGGAGCACUUGGAACUGGACUCGCCCCUCCCCGUACUCCCGAGCUCAGAAGGCAUUCUGAUGUAUCACCAGCUAGUUUGAAAGAACUUGAAAAGUUUCGAAAGGUUGCAGGAGAACGACGUGAGGAGCUCAGGUGGGAAAAAGAAUUGGAAUGGAAGAACAAAUCCAGAAGCGGUUCGCCUGAACGUCAUCAAGGAGAGAGGGCCGACCGAGGGGAGAGAAGUGAGAGGGGCGAGAGAGCUGAAAGGGGUAGAGCGACGAGUCCGCAAAGAGUGGGCAAGAGGACAUCGAUAACAGGAAACGAGCAGGAAAUCACAUCAGACAUUACGGUUGAAGAGGAAGAAGAAAGACGUCGUCGCGCAAGACGUCGAGCAUCGACAAUAGGUUCAAAAUCAAGAGUGACUCGACAACGAUCAUAUGAUGAUGAAAUUAAAACGGCAUCAAUGGGCGGUGGUCAUUCAUCUCAUUCCGACAUGGGACUGGGACUUCCGGUUCAAUUACCGCGAAGGGCAUCAGCCUAUGAUGUUUUCGCGACUCCCGGAGGAGGAAGUUUAAAUGCCAUGGCAAUCGUUGCUGCACAACACAGAGCUUCCUUCUCUUCACAAGGCACACGAGACCAAGAAGACAGGCCAUCAUCCCGAAGACCUUCCAUUCGAGCGGGAGUUAUGCCUUACGAUAUAGCAACUGACGAAGAAAAAAUAAUAAAUUUGGAUUUAGCACAAACGCCCGAAGUGACAUCACAAUCUGGACAAUCGUCAAUUCUUGCUCCAGAUGAGGACCGACGUUCAAGACGCAGGGGCUCCCAAUUACCGGAUAUCAAUGCGAUAAGAGCACUUCCUAUGGUACCAGCUGCAGUGAAAUCUACACCAACUGCAGUGAGCAGAGUGUCCAUUGAGGAUCGAGAUCUGGCCCGUCAGGGAAGUCUGGUCGAUGGCGAGGGCAUCAAGAUUGUUAUCCACGAUGUCGACAGCGAAGUCGGUGCAAGAGGAAAUACUAAGAGAUUCAUUUUACGGAGAGAUACAGCCGUUGAGAAAGGACAUAGAUCUCAAGGUUUUGGAAUGAGAGUUGUAGGUGGAAAGGUUGGGUCGGACGGCCAUUUGUUUGCCCAAAUCCUGUUGAUUUCACCCGGGGGUCCUGCAGAGAAAGCUGGACUGCAAGCUGGUGAUAAGAUUCUUGAAUGGUCUGGAGUGUCGCUAGUCGAUCGAAAUUUUAAAGAUGUAGCGCAAAUAAUCGACAGAAGCAGUGACGUAGCGGAACUCGUUGUUGAACAGGGCACAGACACUUCUGGAGAUUCACUUGAUGAUGGUGUGAAAUCUGCUGGGAACCUUAAUUUACAAGCAGACACAGAUACGGAUAAAACACCCUCAUCGCCGACGCGCCGGAAAUUGCCAAAGACGCCGGAACAAAUCGCGAAGGAGAGGGAGGUGAGGGGUCGAGUACAAAUUCACGUUUGGUACGAGGGAGAAAGAAAAGAACUGGUGGUUUCUGUUUUGGCAGCAGACAAUCUUUGUACAAGAGAAGACACAGGUCAUGGAACAAUGCCUGAAGCUUAUGCUAAAUUAUCCUUGGUUCCAGCUUGUGGAGACCACAGCUCGUUAAAAACAGACAUUGCGGAAGCCGAUCACAAUCCAAUCUGGAACGCAACCUUGAACUUUACGGGAAUCUCCGGUGAGAAAUUGAUGGAUCGAACGAUCGAGGUUAAUCUCUGGGACAGACUUCCAGAAGGAGAGGAUGUCUUCCUUGGGGAGUGCAGCGUAGACUUGCAAAAUGCUUUCGAAACUGAUAGAGCUGUUUGGUAUCGUUUGGAGGAUCCGCGGGGAAUUCGAAUGGGCAAUUCACGUUCACCACGUGGAUCAUUGUGCACAGAAUUAGUUCAAAGAUUGAUAAGAAGAGAAAUGCAACAGAGAAGCUACAGCGAUGACACGCACAGCGAAAGUGGAAGUCCCGAACCGUGCUAUCUACAUCCGGAUCAUGCACUUUAUGCAAAUUCCAGACGAGGUUCAAGCCAAUCAGAACAACUUGAAUUUGAACCCUACGAAUUAAAUAAGGAUUACAGUCGAUCUUUGCCAGGAAGUCGUAGAAGUAGUUUUCAGAGUCAACAAGGAGGAGGAGGAGGAGGAACUGACAGCAAACGAGGAAGUAUAGGCGAAUCGGAAAUGCCAGUUUACUAUAAUAGAGAACGUCGUCGCAGUUCAGUAGCACGUUACGCUCGGGAUCCAAAGGAAAUCCUCGAAGGACUCAAGUCUUUGCAAUCAGGCAAAAGCGAAUUGGGAAGGACGUUGAGUCUCACCGCGGACAAGAGACGAAGCAGCAGGUCUGGGCGGGGUGAGCGCAAAGAAAGUGUCGUGGAACUGCCAGAAAAGCUGUUUGACCUUAACUAUGAUUCUGAUGACGAUGAACGAUGGAGAAACAAUGGGAAAUUAGGACCAGGACAAGUACCACCAAAAGGAGGAAGACUGUCGGCAACUCAAAACGGAGAGUUACAGCUGGCCGUCUUCCUCAGCAGAGGCAAUUUGGAGGUGGAAGUCAUUUGUGCGAGAGGAAUUUGUCCGGCGGAUGGAGAAGUGCCAUAUACGUACAUAAAGACCUUUCUUUGCGACGAAGGUAAAAAGCUUCAGAAACGCAAAACACGAGUUCAGCACUCACGAAAUCCGCAAUAUCGUGAAACAAUAAAAUAUUCCCGCUGCGAUGCAUUCGGAAGAAUUCUCCUCGUAAUGCUCUGGGAGAAGAAACAAGGAUUCGGAAAAAAUCAAGGACUCGGAGAAGCUGAAAUCUGUUUGGACGAUCUUCCUCUCACUGAAUUAUCCGUUGGCUGGUAUAUCCUAUUUCCAAUUCAUAAUCCUAGCACCCAGAAUAUUGAUUCUCCAUGAUUGAAGGAAAAAUGGGCUCUCGAACCUGCAGAACUCGACUUCAGACUCAGCUUAUUGCUGAGAAAUGAUACCGAGAACAAUGUCAAGAUUAUCUUUUGAUAUUCAAUCAAUCCCACAUAAAACACCACAUUUUGCGCAAUUAUAACGUUCAAAAUAUUUUAUUUCCUCAAAAAAAAAAAAAUUUCAUUUUAAUGCGACGAAAAUAAAAAUUCCAAACUCUAAAUUUAAAGAAAAAAAAAAAUAAUAAUCGAAUCAAAAAAUGAAAUUUUUGCCAGGACAAUCAAUUCAAUAUAAAUUUCAUUUUAAUGCGACGAAAAGAAAGAGUUGUUUACUAUCAGAGAAAAAAAACUUGUCGCAAGCAAAUUGGCAAAAAUUCACAAAUGCAAAUAUAAAGUUUGUGAAAAUAGAAUUCUAUGAAAUAUCUUAUUGAAUUGAAUAGGUAAUACGAGAGAAAGAGAGGGAGAGAGAGAGAGAGAGAGAUGAUUAUUUUUUUCACAAUUUAACAAGGGUGCGAGAGAGUACGAGCGAGAGAAAGAGUGAGAAAGCGAGAAAAAUGAGGAAAAGAAGAAAAAAGAGAUAAAAAGAAAUUUAUAAAGAGCCAAUCUUGGCAGAAGCAACGAGGGUCCAUUUUUUCCAGCAUCGAAUCGAUAUUUAAGGCAAGAAUCGUUUUGAAAAAAGCGAGAAUCAAUUGAUAUCUGUAAAAUAUUGUACUGGUUGAUCCAGAUAGUGGUUCAAUUGAAUCUCGCUAAACUGCGGAAAACGUUAAGUCGGAAUCUAAUACGUAAAUAUACAUAUUAUACAUUAUACUAUCGAAAUAUUUUCAAGACUUUAUUAAAGUGAAAACAUUUUUCACUAAAUUUUACCAAAUAAGACACUUUUGAAAAUAAUUAAAAAGAAAAACAAAAUAAAACAAAACAACACGAAACAAAUCGAAAGAAAACGAAAU